UGCCUCCUGUUGUGAUGCUGUUCAGAACUUUGUCGUUUCUCAAAAUAACACUCCAGUUGGGACUAACAUGACUUAUGAGGUAGAAAGCAAAAAAAGAAUCCCGAUUGGAGAGACCAUCUUUAAUAUGCUCCCAAUAUCCCAGCCUUUUGUGGAGUACCCUUAUAAUCAGUGUGCAGUGGUUGGAAAUGGAGGAAUUCUGAAUAAGUCUCUCUGUGGAGCUGAAAUAGAUAAAUCUGACUUCGUUUUUAGGUGUAACCUUCCCCCAACAACAGGAAAUAUUAGUAAAGAUGUUGGCAGUAAAACAAAUCUUGUGACUGUGAACCCCAGUAUCAUAACAGGAAAAUAUGGAAACUUAAAGAAAAAGAAAGAAUUUCUGGAGGAUAUUGCGGCCUAUGGCGAUGCGUUCCUUCUUCUGCCAGCGUUUUCCUACAGGGCCAACACCGGUGCCUCUUUUAAAGUGUACUACGCACUGAAAGAGUCUAAAGCAAGACAGAAGGUUAUAUUUUUCCAUCCCGAGUACCUGAAACAUCUUGCCCUUUUCUGGAGAACUAAAGGCGUGACAGCGUACCGCUUGUCCACAGGCCUGAUGAUCACCAGCGUUGCAGUUGCACUGUGUGAAAAUGUGAAGCUGUAUGGGUUUUGGCCCUUCUCUAAAACUGUGGAAGACACACCUGUCAGCCAUCACUACUACGACAACAAGCUACCUAAACAAGGUUUCCACGAGAUGCCCAAAGAAUAUGGCCAAAUUCUCCAACUUCAUAUGAAAGGAAUCCUCAAAUUACAAUUUAGUGAAUGUGAAACAGCCUAAACAAAGUGUCUUAAAAUUGGGAUUAGUUUGAAUAUAACACAAAGAUGAUUAACAAUGUUUCCCAGAACUCAAGGAGGUGGUUGUAGAGCCUAAUAGGAAGAACCUGGAAUCUUGGUUUGAUCAACUAAGUUUGCAACCUAAGCAAGUCAUCUAAUUGUUCUGAUCUUCAGUUUCCUUUCCUGCAAAAUGAGGACCGUGAUCUUUAACUCAUAUAACUAGAAUAUGAUCAUCUAUGAAAACUCCUAUGAAUAGUCCCUUACUAAUGUGUGUAACGACCAUUUCCGCCCUCGCCAGCUUGAUAAUGAAAGGCAUACUGUCUUACAGACCCUUUCUAAAGGGAACAGCUGAGUUGCCAAUAUUCUCUGGGUUUCUUUCUCUGGUAGGCCUGUCUGUUAUCAUCGAUAGCCUUCCUAUCUUUCCUUCUUCCUUAAAAAGUGCAUACAAGAAAGUUAUGUAUUUGAACAACAACAACAAAAAAAAAACCUUGAUUAUGCAGGAAUGAAAUUCUUCAUAUGGCAACAUACUUAUUUCUGAUUAUGUUCACUUAUGCGGUUAACUGCAAUGAUGUACUUUUUUAAUUUAGACUGUCUCUUUGCCACCUUAAUACACAGUUUUUGUCACUCUAUAGUUUUCUAUUAACCUACUGUCUUGCUAUUAAACUUUAUCCUCUCUCACUGACAGAAUCUACUUCAAGGACAUGUACAGUCUUUCUUACCUGCUGCCUUGUCAAUGGAUCACUCAUUCCAUUUAUUUUUUUAAAAAAAUGUUAUUGAACACCACUCCAUGCCAGACCCAAAACCAGGCCCUGUGAAUGCCAUAUAAUGAGGACUAAUCCCUAAGUCUAGCAGGAGGAAAAGGAGGUGUGUAUCAUAAACUAUGACAUUAAUGAUAGUGCUAUUAUUACAGAAAUUAUGAAUAACAUGCUAUGAGGGACAGAAACCAAAAAAAAAAAAAAACAAAACCCAUUGCUAUCAAGUCAAUUCUGACUCAUAGUGACCCUACAGGACAGAGUAGAACUGCCCCAUAGAGUUUCCAAGCAGUGCCUGGUGGAUUCGAACUGCCAACUUUUUGGUUAGCAUCCAUAGCACUUAACCACUAUGUCACCAGGGUUUCCAUGAGGGACAGAGGCAGGAAUAAUUAAAUCUAUUUUAGUGGGGGAAGGGGCACUUCAGAGAAGAGGAGAUUUCUGCAUCUACUGAAUAAAUGAUUUGACUUAAAUAAGUAAUUAUGUGUAUACUUACCUGCUCAUCAUUGUAUUGUCCCUAGAUGAGUGGAAAUAGGAGUGGAGCAGACUGGGCCAGCAUGCCAAAAUAAUUACAAAUACCAUUUUCUAAUUCUUCCAUAAGCCAGGUUACUGUGGUUUAGUAAACAUCCACUUGUAAGAAUACUAUGGUGUAAAUUGUUUACUUUCAUAAAAUACAACUUUGCUUUGAUUGUAGAUGACAUUAGUGGUGUUACUUUUAGUUCACAUUUUAGUUUGUUCUUUUAUAGCAAAUGAAACCUAUUAGCUCCAUAAACUGAUCAAAAGUUAUAUAUAGAUAUUUACCAAAUGGAAAAUUGCCUUUAGCUGCACAAAGUCUAUUUUACUUAUUGUCUUUUUUGCGUGUGUGUGAUGGUGAAUAAGUAGCUAUUUUUCAUUGCUCCUAAUGAAUUAAAUUCAUUUUAAAUAAUCAGUCAACAGUGUUGGUAAUGUCUCAGUCAUCUGCCUAGCAAUGCUUAUUAAAACUAGAUCAGAACUCUCUAGUGAUUUAUAGUUACUAAAAUGUUUUCCUUAAAAUGUUUAAUGGCAAGUCGAAGCUUAAACUUUUCUUUUUUAUGAUACUGGAAAAAAUACGAUCAAUGAAUAAAAGCAAAGAAUAUAAUGACAUAAAUCAUGUAAUAUUCAAUCUGGAAACUUUAUAUGUUAUUUUAA